UAUAAAGAGCACGCGCUGUUCUCGAGUCACGUCUAGUCUUCCCACACUGGCUUUGCUGCACUCUCAUCGGAACUCUGCCAACAUGAAGGUUGUUCUUGCCCUCGCUAUUGUCGCACUCGUCGGCUUCGUCAGCGCCGACCCACCAUUUUCCCUCUGCGGGGCGACAACCGAGCAAAGGCAUGAGCUAGUAACCUGCGUGCGUACCAACGUCAACGAAGCGACAAAUCAGAAGCUUACAGAGGUGAAGGAGCGCCUUCAUUGCGAGGACCUGGACUGCGUCUUCACUAAGAUUUGUGAACACAGCCAUGAGACUCGCCAAACACAGUCGAACGCCUUCCUCUCGGACGACGUCAAGGCCCAGGUUCGUGCUGCUCUGACGACGUGCCGGCCAAGCCGCUGAUACACCUCUGCAAUAAUUUAUCGCUAUGGCACAUCCCGAUGAACAUUAGUAGCAUGUACCCGUAGGAAAUAUUAAACAAAUGUGUUAGAUCCAUCUCGAAA